CGGCGGACCUUUGGCGCCUCCCGCUCCCCUCCCCGCCGCUCCCCCUCCCCCUCCCCGCCGUCCCCUCAGUAACUUGGCUGCCUUUUAUCGGGCGAGCGGCGAGGCGGGGAGUUUAUUGGUGCCGGAGCCGCGGCGCGGCCGGGGCGGGGAGCGAGCGAGCGAGCGCGGAGGCGGGAGGGGGGCCCGGCGCGGCGCGGGACGAUGCUGCGGCUGGUGUCGCUGAAGUUGGGGCGGCUGUACCGCUACGUGAAGCUGGCGGUGCUGGGCAGCCUGGCGGCGGCGCUGGUGCUGAACACGCACUCGCUGCUGGCCUCGCUGCAGCGCAACGAGCUGUCGGAGCGGCGCUUCCUGCAGCUCAAUAAGUGCCCGGCCUGCUGGGGCACCAGCUGGUGCCGCAAGUUCCUCAACGGGCAGCUGCGGCUGGAGAGCUGGGGCCGCCUGCGCCUGCUGGACUUCUUCAACGUGAAGAACGUGUACUUCGCGCGCUACGGGGAGCCCCGCGAGGGCAGCCGCCGCGUCGUCCUCAAGCGCCUCGGCUCCGCGCAGGAGCUCGCCGACAUCGACACCAAGAUCUGCCGCCGCGCCACCGGCAGGGGCCGCUGCGACCUCCUGCAGGCCCUGCACGCCACCGAGUUCGCCAGCCUCAACGGCGACGUGCGGCUGCUCACCCCCGACGCCGUGGAGGGCUGGUCCGACCUGGUGCACUGCCCCUCGCAGCGCCUGCUCGACCGCCUGGUGCGCCGCUACGCCGAGACCAAGGACUCGGGCAGCUUCCUGCUGCGCAACCUCAAGGACUCGGAGCGCAUGCAGCUCCUCAUCACGCUCGCCUUCAACCCGGAGCCGCUGGUGCUGCAGAGUUUUCCGUCUGAUGAGGGUUGGCCAUUCGCAAAGUACUUAGGAGCAUGUGGAAGAAUGGUGGCUGUCAAUUACGUUGGAGAAGAGCUGUGGAGUUACUUUAAUGCACCGUGGGAGAAACGAGUGGAUCUGGCCUGGCAAUUAAUGGAAAUAGCUGAGCAGCUGACAAAUAAUGACUUUGAAUUUGCACUCUACCUCCUUGAUGUCAGCUUUGAUAACUUUGCAGUUGGACCAAGAGAUGGGAAAGUUAUCAUUGUAGAUGCAGAAAACGUUCUAGUAGCAGACAAAAGAUUAAUCAGACAGAAUAAACCUGAAAACUGGGAUGUGUGGUAUGAAAGCAAGUUUGAUGACUGUGAUAAAGAAGCUUGCCUGUCCUUCUCAAAAGAGAUUCUUUGUGCUCGUGUCACUGUGGACCACAAUUAUUACGCUAUUUGUCAGAACCUUUUAUCGAGACAUGCCACGUGGCGUGGUACUUCUGGAGGACUACUGCAUGACCCUCCUGCUGACAUUGCCAAAGACGGCCGACUUGAGGCCUUGCUGGAUGAGUGUGCCAACCCAAAGAAGCGAUAUGGCAGAUUCCAAGCCGCAAAAGAACUGCGUGAAUACCUUGCACAACUGAGUAAUAAUGUGAGGUAGUCCACAGUGGAAAGCUUUUUGUAACACUGGCUAGAACACUAUUGCAAAGACACAUAGAAAAUAAAGUCUCGAACUUACGUAUUCAGAAGAGAAAAUAAAAAUGAGACUAGUUUAUCAGUUUUAUAAAUACCAUAAAAAUAUAAUUUUAUGGUGUUUUAAUGUUCCUUUGCAAACAGACAAGGUACUUACUGAACUAAAACUUGAGCUACUAUUGACUGUUCUCCCUAACUAUUUAAAAGGGGGUAGGUCAAAAAAAGACUGUGAUACAAGCUGUCAGUUGAGCUGUGUCAAAGGGUACUUUACAUAAAACUGCAUUAGUAUCACAGUUUUGUGAAGCUGGUGUUCUUACUUGGAAAGUCAAGUUAGACUGGCCUGUUUUAAAGGCCUUUUUCCUGAUGUCAUUGUCUCAUUUUUGUGUUUGUUUAAACACCUUGAAGUGGCAUUUACAUACAGGUAAAUCUAGCUGUCUGCAUUGUUUUGAAUUUAACAGGCUUUCAUAUUAAUGCUGUGCAGUAUGUUUCUACUGUGAGUGCAGGAUUCCCAUGUUUACCAUCUAAUUUUAGGGUUUUUUUACACUGUGUUUUACUAUGCUUAGACAUUGUGUAUUUUUUUAAGAUCAUCAUAAACUCAAAUGUCAUUCGAACUAAUAUUCAUUUGAUCUCUUUUGUAUUUCUGCCAUUGGAGAUAUCACUUAAUGUAAUUACUGUACAAAAUUUCUACCCUUCAUGCCAGUAUAUAUACAUGACUGUUUAGCAGGGAACCAUGUUAUGAGCAAACUCUCAUUUUUAACAAAGAUAAUUUGAGGAUUGGAGAGAGACUAGGAUAAGAGAAUCUUAAGAAUAUAAGUUGAAGAUAGAAGUUUGACUAAAAGUAAAAAUUCACUAGUCCAGUGUAGCUGAGCAUAAACCAAAGACAAUGGUUUUGUUUGUUAGUCCCUAAUCUAAUCUUGAAGAAAAAAUGAUAUACUGUAGUGAGGUUAAUUCUCAAAGUUCAAAUUUCAGUGGUCCUUGAUUGUUUGAAAAAACUUCUAAAACUACUUGCUGAUACUAGAAGCAAACCCUAAUUUGAAUAAAAAUGUCUAGCAGGUUAGCAGUUUGUUUUACACCUUUCCCUAUUCUGUUGAAUUGAAGUGUAGUGAGGUUUACUGAAUAUUCAUCUUCUGGUUUAACAGAAUAGAUUAAGCUCUACUCACUCUAGACACCAUUUCCUGAAUUAGGUCUGUCUGUUCCCAGUGCAGGUAAAAUUGGCUUGUUGAGGUUUGUGUAAAUCUGAAGUAGUUCCUGUAAACUAUAAUUCUUGUAAAAACCUCAAUUACUGCUACAAGAAUCAACUUCAAAGCUUGUUUUUAUUUUUUUUAACUUCUAUAAUGCUUCAUUUUCCUGAAGUCUUAUUUAUAAAAAGAUACUCCUAGGAAAUGUAUGCAUAUUUCUUCCUGCAACAGUAAUGAAGAAAAGUCUUAGAAGAAGUCUUGUAUGCUUGUAUAAAACUCUACAAGCUAAAAAUUCCGAGCAAGGUGGCAUUCCCUACUUUCAAUGGGUAGAGUCAGUAUGCCUCUCAGAUGCUGCGUCAUGAGAGUGAUGGAAACUGCUGCUUUACCAAGUUGUUGUAAGGGCAAGGUGAAGAAAAUGGUGAACUCAUUGCCCCUUUCUGAAAGCCGAAAAGGUGCAGCCAUGUAAAGGUGCAAAGUGUUCCUUUACUUUCUUUCUAAAUGAUUUAGGUGAGUGUAUUAAGGAUAUUUUAGAAUUCUAAAUUCUCACUUUGAAACUUCUUUGCAUAUGUAGACCUAACUUGCUCCCAAUCCCUUGCCUUGCUUGUUUUCAGAAGUCAGAAUGACCAAUGCAGCUUUUAGUUUUCAUUUCUCCCUUCCCCUCAUUUGAUGACUACUUUACAUACUUGCUCUGGCAUAAGGCUUCAGAGAGGGUUCACUUUAAUUUUUUUUAAAUAACAUGAUCCACUUAUUUGAAGAAAAUAAAACAAAACAACCUUAAGACUAGGUAACACUAUAACGCUAUCCUAUCUUAUCACUAAAAUUGAUUUUUUUUUUUUUUUUUUUUAAAUACCAUCCACCACACUUCCUGAUGAGCGAGUGUAGUAUGAUUGUUAAAAGGUUUAACACAAACACUGCCAUUUCUGGUUACUACUUGAGGCAGUUCUGUAACUGCCAGGUUGUCCUAAUAGAUUUGGUUUGGGGUUUAGUUCCCUCUGGGAUAAGUUACUAAAGCUAAUUAUAAAAGGAAUUUGGAACUUAAAAAAAAUACUACAGGGAAAACAUUGUGGAAAGCAAUAAAUCCUGUUCUGUUUGCACCUAUCAGAUAUGUAUUGUACAAUAACAAUUUAUAUUUUUAGUCAUUGCCCAUUAUUAUUGAUGAACACUUGGUGAAAUAUUUUUGAAUGAGAUGUUUGGGGUUUGUAUGUGCAUUAAAAUUGUCUUUUUGUACUGUAAGUUACUGUUUGAUUGGAAUAUUUUAUCAAAACUGUCUCCCUGUGCCUUUAUAUUACAAGAAAGUUGUUUCCACAACUUCUAAUGAUAUUAAUAAAGUAUUCUUUAAGAACCUCA